GUCUGCGGUUGAUUGGAUUUCGUAAUCGAUUAGUCGAUUUUUUAGCUACUAAAGUCGCACCUACACACGUGGAGGAGUUUACAUGAGCAAAAUGACGGAAAACACCAAAAAAAUUAAAUAUUUAAUUGCUGAUACGACAGCAUUUAUAAAUGCUGUGCAGUUGAACGAUUAUGCCGAGAACAUACUAACUGUCCCGGAUGUUGUGAACGAAGUAAGAAACAAGAGGCAAAUUCGACGUUUAUGUGUUUUGCCCUAUGAUUUACAGGUGCGGGAACCCCGCGCGGAUGUGGUAAAGCAUUGCGUUGAAUUCGCCAAGAAGACUGGCGAUUAUGCAUCUUUGUCUGGGAUUGACAUCAAAGUAAUCGCAUUGACCUAUGAGUUGGAAGCUGAUACUGUGGGUACAGAACAUCUGAGAAAAGAGCCGGUGAUGGGACAGGUCAUAGCAUCAAAGGAUAAACCAGAAGAACUUCAAGAUGCAACAAAACUGCCUGGGUGGUAUAAUAGCGAAGGUUUCUCCGAAUCAGAAGAAGAGAAGGAAGACAGCACAGAUGAUACCGAAGCAAAUAAUUCGCAAGCCCCUAAUGAUUCUGAUGAUAAAGACUACAGUGUGGAUAAAGUUAAGGAGGCCAUUGAAAACCAGAUAGAAAAUCCAGAAGACAAACACGACAUACCCGAAGUAACGCCAGAAGAACUGGAAGAACUUUUCGAAAAGUUAAAAUGUGAAUCUGUAGAAGAUGAUGUUGAUUGUGAUUUGCUAGUGGCCGCAUCAACACAAUCUGACGAUGGCGAUUCAAGUAGUGAAGAUUGCAAUGAACGAGAAGAUAUUGAACAAGAGUCAACGCUGAAAAACAUCAUCCAGGACGAUGACAAUGAUGGCACUUGGAUUACUCCCACUAAUAUAAAAAAAGUUAAAAAAUCGAUGGAAGGUAAAACUGAAGCAGACUUUAUACCUGUUGUAGCCUGUAUGUCAACAGACUUUACUGUGCAAAACACCUUGAAACAGAUGAAUCUAAAUCUAUGUGCCCUAAAUGGGCGUGUAAUAAAACAUUUGCGCACCUACAUUCUAAGAUGCUACGCAUGCUUCAAGACCACUUCUAUUAUGACCAAAGUGUUCUGUCCAAAUUGUGGCAAUAAGACUCUUAAGCGUGUGGCCGUAAGUUUGGACGAAAAUGGCAAGCAAGUUAUUCAUAUAAAUACGCGACGCCCAUUAACCAAAAAAUAUAAGAACCAAAGUAUUCCUCGUUUUCGUGGCGGUAAGCAUUCCCGUAAUCCCAUUCUAUUUGAAGAUCAGCCUAUUCCGCGGCAAAUGCCUUCUCGAGUAGCCAAAACGAAAACAAACGCGCUGGAAGAAGACUAUAUAGCAGGUUUCUCCCCAUUUGCAAUGCGUGAUGUUGACUCCAAGUCUGCAUUGCUUCGAUCCAAGGGUCAUGUUAAGGAAUGGGCACGUAACAACACAUAUGAGGAGGACAGACGUCGUAAACAUUACAACCGAUUGUAUAAGUAAAUCACAGAUUAUAUUAAUUCCUCGCGUUAUUUUAUGAAAUUUUUAUUACAAACUUGUAAAUAUAUAUAUAAAUAAUAUAUAGAUAGCAAUAAUUUAAUUUGAA